CUUUGCCCAUCUGAUGAUCUCCCGCUAGCUAGCUUCCUUCUUGCUACUCCCGCAGUCCCCAGUUCCCCACCCGCCGCGCCCUCGCCAUGGAUCCGAGCUCCGAAAUCAUACUGGACACUCCAUACUUCCGCAUCUACAGCGACCGGCGCAUCGACCGCUUGAUGGGCACCGAAACGGUGCCGGCCGGCUUUGAUCCCAGCACCGGCGUCACCUCCAAAGAUGUCGUCAUAGACAGCGACGCCGGCCUCUACGUCCGCCUCUACCUCCCGCUCCCGGACACGGUGGCUGCCGCCGCGUCACCGCCGCCCAACGUUAACGACAGCAAGACCAAGCUCCCGGUGCUGGUCUACUUCCACGGCGGCGGCUUCGUCACGCAGUCGGCGGCGUCUCCGAUCUACCAGCGCCUCCUCAACGCGCUGGCCGCGAGGGCCGGCCUGCUCAUCGUGUCCGUGAACUACCGCCUCGCGCCGGAGCACCCGCUGCCGGCAGGCUACGAGGACUCCUUCCGCGCGCUGGAGUGGGUGGCGGCCUCCGGCGGGGACCCCUGGCUGUCGCGCCAUGGCGACCUGCGCCGCGUCUUCCUGGCCGGCGACAGCGCCGGCGGCAACAUCGUCCACAACGUCGCCAUGAUGGCCGCCGCGUCGGGGCCGCGGGUCGAGGGCGCCGUCCUCCUGCACGCCGGGUUCGGGGGCAAGGAGCCCGUUCACGGCGAGGCGCCGGCGUCUGUGGCGCUGAUGGAGAGGCUGUGGGGCGUCGUGUGCCCCGGGGCGACGGACGGCGUGGACGACCCGUGGGUGAAUCCCUUGGCCGCCGUGGCGCCGCCCAGGCCCAGCCUGCGGGACAUGCCGUGCGAGAGGGUGCUCGUGUGCGGGGCGGAGCUGGACUCCCUGCUGCCGAGGGACAGGGCGUACUACGAGGCCCUCGCGGCAAGCGGGUGGGGCGGCACGGUGGAGUGGUUCGAGUCCAAGGGCCAGGACCACGUCUUCUUCCUCUUCAAACCCGACUGCGGUGAGUCCGUGGCGCUCAUCGAUCGACUCGUCGCGUUCUUCGCUGCGAACUGAAAUUCGUCAUGUGUGCUCCCUAUUUUAUACAUAGUAGUGACAUAUAAAACUGCCCUAUAAUUUUAAAAUAAGUAUAUUUUAUAUAAUUUAAGUCACCAAUAAAAUAUCUUGCUCUAACAGUAAAACGUCAAAUCUAAAUUAUAGAGCAGCUUAUUAUGGUGUAGUAUAUUUGAGUCAUUUGAAAAUGUGUACUAUAACUUUUUUACUAAAUUUUAUGAAACACGUUAUUGUUGGAGUAGCUUUUUCUAUGUAGAACUAUAUAUUUCAAUUUGAGACAUCAGUUAUAUUAUUGGAGAUGCUCUUAC